AGUGAGCUCUGCUGUGCUCUGUAUCUCACUCAGUACCUUGCUCGGAAUUUGAAGAGUUCACACCUUGAGCCUCAGUUUAAAUAGAAAUUUCACCUCCUCCAAGAAGUGACUUUAACCUUGAGCCGUUUCAACAGUCUCUGCGAUGGGCUACUUGCAACUAUUGGUCUGUGUGAUCUUGUCUCUCCUGGACAGUGGGCAUGCCCUAAGCCAUUGUCCGGCUUUGUACAAGUUGUCAAACGGCCGUCAGUUUUUCCGCUAUGGUGGGAUUUACGUGAUUUUCUUUUGCAAUCCUGGAUUUAAACGUCAUGGAUUUCCGACCAGUAGCUGUGUGUCCGGUCGGUGGACCAGGGCACCUCCUGUUUGUGUUGCUUCUGGAUGUCCGGACAUUGGCACCAUCCUCCACGGAAGCAGCACUCUGUACGACAGUGGCUCAAUCGUCCGAUUUGUAUGUGACUCCGGCUUCACACUGCUGGGAUCGCGUACGCUUUAUUGCGACGGCAGUAACUGGAAUGGCACCAAGCCAAUUUGCAAAGUGACACAGAGAGCUCCUCACUCAUCUCCAAUUACAUCCAAAUCUUAUAGAUGGUUAAGAAGAUUAGAGGGUCAUAACAUUGAAGAAGACAGCAUCAUGGCUGAAAAAGACUCUGAAGGAACAAGAUGGCGGGCUUCUAAGGACCGGAUAUCUCCUAAUUACGAUUUGAAACAGCCUGGAUCAUUUGAUGGGACGGCUGAAAGGAUUACAACAUUAGCUACGAGUUCAAAGCCCACGCUCUCAAUGGAUGAGGAGGGACCAGGCUCACCGCCCCUUAAAAUUACCCAACACGGCACCAGUGAAUAUAUUUCCACUAGAAUAAAUGCAGCCCCUUCUCCUGCCAAUUCCAUCAUCCUGCAAUAUAAAAAGGAGGCUCCAAAUGUCAUUUCAGAUGUACUGCUGUCCAGUGACUCCAUCCCUGCUUGGUCAGUUAGUGGAAUCCUAACUCUGACAAGCCCAAGUCCUUGGUACAAGUCUAUGAGUGCAGUAACUGUGGGAAUGGCACCAGGUUUGGAAUCUCUGCACUCUCCAACAAAUACACCUGUCAAUCUGUACAAAACUGAAGGUGGCCCCGAAACAACAGUCCCCCCUGGUCCACAGAUGGAAAUAACCAGUCACAGUCAGAUGGCCAUUCAAAUAAAGGAAGAGCUAAUAUUCACGGAUCAGACAGUGCCACGAUUGAGCACAUUUAAUUUGCGAGCGAGCGCAAAUAAUCCAAAUCAGAUUGAAUUUACAAACCCCUUGCGAGCGAACCCGGUGGAUUUAGAUCAAGCCAAGGGAAGGCCCAGUUUGAGAAACAGCCUAUCAGGUUCAACUAACGGGGAGAUUGCCAGAACAUGGGCCAAUCACAUCCUGCAGAGUGAAGGCUGGUUAGCCAAUAAAGUCACUAGUACCCCAACAGAAGUGCGUGCUCCGAAACUCUCUGAGCCUGACCUACAGAAUGAACUGGUGGAUAUAAACAGGGUGGAUCAGAAUGAAUCAGCACACCUUAAUCUACAAAGACCCAUUGUGUGUCCCUCGCCACCGGUACCAGACCACGGCAUACUGUACUUCCACAACUUGGCCAGAGCAUCACCAUGGCAGUACAAAUACUACAUACAGUACGCCUGUAUUCCAGGCUACAGACUGGCGCACGGAGACCAGCUUAGCUUCUGUCAUAAUGGCACAUGGAGUGGAGAGACACCGGUCUGUGUAGAUAUAAACGAGUGCUGGGAGAUUCACAACAGCCAGCCACCAUGCGAGUGGAGCUGCUUCAACAUCCCCGGCUCUUUCCGCUGUCUUUGUCCCCGUGGCUACGUAUUAAACGCUGAUACGUAUCGGUGUGAAGACAUUAAUGAAUGUUCCUAUAAGCAUGGUGGCUGUUCUCACCUCUGCAUCAACACUAAUGGCAGAUAUCGAUGCGACUGUCCAGAAGGAUACACUUUUGGUCCGUACGACAAGAAGAAGUGCCAAAUGGUGAGGGUUUAGACAGUGAAACAUUUAUACACUGAUUACUUCAAACCUAAAUCCUACAGUGUUCCCCAUUGCUCAUAGACAUCACUCAUCAUGCAUUUAUUAUACACUGUUUCAACACCUUUGCUCACUGUCACCCACAGUAAAGGAGCCAUUGA